AUGGACGAGAAGAAUCAGAAGAAUCAGAAUGAAACUGCUGUGGUUGGGAACACAACGGGAGAGGUGCACCCUCCAUCAGAAACACAAGGUCAGUCAGAGCCAGAAAUACCAUCAAUUAAUUCGUUGGUUCUAGAUGCUGGGCCAUUGAUCACACAGAACAUUGGCUCAUUCAAACAGUAUGCUCAAAACAUUUUCACCACUCCAGCGGUUUUCAAUGAAGUAAAGGAUGAAAAUGCAAGAAGGAACUUGGAAUUGCACAAAGAUUUGAUUAAAAUUAGACAGCCUAAACCAGAAUUUGUCAAAAAAGUCUUAAACUUUUCCAAAUUAACAGGGGAUUACAACGUUUUGAGUAUCAACGAUAUUCAUAUCAUUGCACUAACAUAUGAAUUGGAAGUCGAAUUGAAUAAAGGGGACUGGAGAUUAAGACAGUAUCCUGGAGAGGUGAAAAAUAGACCUGUCAAGAAAAGUGUGGAUAAAAAUGAAAGUAUAAAAAAAGAAAAUAAAAAUCAAACUAAGUUUGAUAUCAAUGAUGAAAAGAAAGAUGAAAAGAAAGAUGGUAAGAAAAAUGAAGAGAAAGAAGGUAUAAAAUUGACUGAUUCAGUGGAAAAAACCAAACGUAGACGAGGUGGCAGAAAACACAGAGAAAAAGAAGCUAUGUUAAAAGACGGAUUUCAAAUUCAGUUUCAAAAAUCUUCAAAAAAUAGUCAAAAAAUUGCUGAUAUUAAAAUCAAUGAUCGGUCAAGUGAGAAAGAUAAAGAUCAAGAAAACAAAAAAGAUACUACUACCGAGGAUGAACAUGAUAGUGAUGAUGAAGGUGAGUGGAUUACAUCCGAAUCCAUUCAACAAGAAAUUAUAAAAGAACAAGAAGGCGAAAUACUUUUUAGGAAUAGAAAUAAAAAAGUAAUUGCAAAAAAAGUCGCUGUAAAAGCUGCAUUAGCAUCGGGAGAUUUUGCAGUUCAAAAUGUCGCAUUACAAAUCAAUUUGAAUUUAAUGAAUUCUAUGAAUGGGUUAAAGAUAAAUAGAGUUAGAAAUUAUAUGUUGAGAUGUCAUGGUUGUUUUUACUUAAUACCUUAUAAUCAAGAAAAAAAGGUUAAUCAUAAACUACAAUUCUGUCCCAGAUGUGGUGGUGCAACAAUAUUAAGAUGUUUAGUAUCGGUUGAUUCCUCUACUGGAAAGGUAACACCUCUUUUGAAAAAAAAUUUUGAAUGGCAUAAAAGAGGUAAUAAAUAUUCAAUGUCUUCUCCCUUAUCCAAAAACCAUCUCAAGAAAUAUGGAAAAAGUGGGUUUCAGCAUAACAAGGUGAAUAGAAAGUAUGAAGUACCUUUAUUGAGAGAAGAUCAAAAAGAGUAUCAACAAGCGAUAAAGGACGAGGACUGGUCAAAAAGACAAAAUAUCAAAAUGCUUGAGCAAUGGAUUGGAGGAUCAGACAUAAAUCCAUUUGCAAUUGAUAACAGCUUGCGAUACCACGACCAGCACAGUGGGGGUGUCAGAGUUAAUAGAGGCAGAUACGCAAAUGCCUCCAGAAGAAGAAAAUAG